GCGACACUUCCCCUCCGCAACACCAGAGGGCGAUGUGGCGGAUUGCAGCACCGCUGGACCACGGGGGUGGCGCUCCGUCCCGCCGGAGUUCUCCCCUCCACGUGGGGACGCAGGAUGGCGGCGGUGGCGGCGGCGGCGGCGGCGGCGGCGGCGGCGGUGGCGGCGGAUGAGGCGGCGACGCGCGACGUGCAGCGACUGCUAGUGCAGUUCCAGGAUGAAGGCGGGCAGCUGCUGGGCUCCCCGUUCGACGUGCCCGUGGACAUCACCCCGGACAAGCUGCAGCUCGUGUGCAACGCGCUGCUGGCCCAGGAGGAUCCCCUGCCACUGGCUUUCUAUGUCCAUGAUGCCGAGAUCACCUCCUCCCUGGGGAGGACGCUGGAGUCACAGGCGGUCGAGACAGAGAAGGUCCUUGACAUCGUCUACCAGCCACAGGCUAUCUUCAGGGUUCGUGCUGUGACCCGCUGCACCAGCUCCUUGGAGGGUCACAGCGAGGCAGUCAUUUCUGUGGCCUUCAGCCCUACAGGAAAGUACCUGGCCAGUGGCUCUGGAGACACUACUGUGCGCUUCUGGGAUCUCAGCACUGAGACACCACAUUUCACGUGCCAGGGACACAGACACUGGGUCCUUAGCAUAUCCUGGUCCCCAGACGGCAAGAAGCUGGCUUCAGGCUGCAAGAAUGGCCAGAUUCUCCUAUGGGACCCAAGCACAGGGAAGCAAGUGGGCAGGACCCUUGCCGGCCACAGCAAGUGGAUCACAGCCCUGAGCUGGGAGCCCCUCCAUGCCAACCCCGAGUGCCGCUACGUGGCCAGCAGCUCCAAGGACGGCAGCGUGCGGGUCUGGGACACGGCUGUGGGCCGCUGUGAGCGCAUCCUCACUGGGCACACGCAGUCAGUCACCUGUCUCCGGUGGGGAGGGGACGGGCUUCUCUACUCCGCCUCCCAGGACCGCACCAUCAAAGUCUGGAGGGCUCAUGAUGGCAUGCUGUGCCGGACUCUGCAAGGCCAUGGCCACUGGGUGAACACCAUGGCCCUGAGCACCGACUACGCCCUGCGCACGGGGGCCUUUGACCCAGCCGAGGCCUCAGUUAACGCCCAGGACCUCCAAGGGUCCUCGCAGGAGUUAAAAGAGAGAGCUCUGAGCCGCUACAAUCUCGUGCGGGGCCAGGGCCCAGAGAGGCUGGUGUCUGGCUCAGACGACUUCACCCUGUUCCUGUGGUCCCCGGCGGAGGACAAGAAGCCCCUGGCACGGAUGACGGGGCACCAGGCCCUCAUCAACCAGGUGCUCUUCUCCGCAGACUCGCGCAUCAUCGCCAGCGCCUCCUUUGACAAGUCCAUCAAGCUGUGGGAUGGCAGGACGGGCAAGUACCUGGCCUCCCUGCGUGGCCAUGUGGCUGCCGUGUACCAGAUUGCGUGGUCGGCCGACAGCCGGCUCUUGGUCAGUGGCAGCAGUGACAGCACACUGAAGGUGUGGGAUGUGAAGGCCCAGAAGCUGGUCACAGACCUGCCAGGCCAUGCGGAUGAGGUAUACGCUGUCGACUGGAGUCCAGAUGGCCAGAGAGUGGCAAGUGGUGGAAAGGACAAAUGCCUCCGGAUAACAGUGCUACUCGACAUGUGGUCCAUGGGCCAUCAACACCACCUGGGAACUUGUUAGCAGUGCAGAGUCUCAGGCCCCACCCUAGACCUACUGAAUCAGAACCUCUAGGGAUGAAGCCCAGGAAUCUUAUCAGUAACCAGAUGAUCAGAUCCGCAGGCACAGGAAAGUAUGAGAAGCCCUGGAUUGGACCUAGGUGUUUCCUUCCAUACUUUCCCACCUGUGAGCCUCUGCUAGUGUCAGCCUUCCACGGAAUGCCUUUCCCCAUCUCUAGAUGUUUAAAUCCGACCUCUGUGUCCCAGCUCAAAUGUUACUAAAUGCCACCAAAGCUUAUUUCUGCACCUGGAAGUAAUAUUUCUUUCCCUCUGAAUCCCUAUUGGCACUUGAUUUGAACUUUUCCUACAGCAUUGAGCCCUCUCUAGCUUGUGCUGGAGUUCUUGAGGUCGGGAUGCAGGCAUCAUCACACUCCCCAGUGAGCUCAGCUCAGUGCCUGGCACGUCGGGGGCAGCCACUAAGCCUUUGCCAAAUGCACAAGAAGGGGAAAACGUACCACAGCCGUGGA